UACGUGGCAUCCUGUUUCAUUUUUAGCCGACGUGGUUGUUACCAAGUUAAUUUUUCUGAAACAAGUUCCUAUCUCAAGAUGGGAAUUUUUAAUAUAGGCAUAGCUGUGUUCAUUUCAAUAAUUAGUUUGAAAUUAGUUGAUUGUUAUUUUUUAAAUAUUGAUGCUCACGCUGAAGAAUGCUUCUUCGAUAAAGUAACAUCUGGGACAAAAAUGAGUUUAAUGUUCGAAGUAGCGGAAGGCGGUUUCCUCGAUAUAGAUGUUAAGAUAUAUGGACCAGAUGGGAAAAUCAUCCAUCAGGGAGACAGGGAAUCCAAUGGAAAGUACACGUUUGCUGCCCACAUGGAUGGUGUUUACAGAUACUGCUUUAAUAACAAAAUGUCCACUGUGACCCCAAAGAUUCUCAUGUUUACAAUGGACAUUGGAGAGAAACCGAAAGAGACUGAUAUGGAUGGUGAUGCCAAUCAUAACAAGCUGACAGAAAUGAUAAAUGAAUUGUCUACAGCACUGACAGGUGUUAAACAUGAACAAGAGUAUAUGGAAGUCAGAGAGAGGAUCCACAGAGCAAUCAAUGAAAACACCAAUUCCCGGGUUGUUCUGUGGUCUUUCUUUGAAGCCCUUGUGCUAGUGGCUAUGACUUUGGGACAGGUCUAUUAUUUAAAGAGAUUCUUUGAAGUCAGAAGAGUAGUUUAGUUAUGACAAACUGUAUACAAUUCUUCAACCAUUCAUAUUCCAUUUGAAAUACAAUAUAUUGAAUAAGUGAUUUGGUAUAAUUGUUUUGGCCAGAGCCUUGAAAUAGUUAUAGGCCUAAAAAAUUAAGAUUAGUGACUUGGUUCUCAUGCCCGGGUGAAUCUCAUUUAACAAUGACCAAUGCUCAAUUUUAUCCUCAAAUGAAUGAAAUAAAAUUCCUUUGAUGCGCUCAUGCCGUGCAUAAAAAAGUUUAGAAUUUCUAACUGCAUUUUAGAAUCAUUAAAAUGUUUGACAAACAUUGAGUUGAUCAAGAUGAUCAUAACUAUUUGCCUAGCCAAAAAAUAGCAAAUAUGACCAUUGUUGUUAACAGGUUAAGGCAUCAAGAUUAAGUUUGGUCAUGAAGGAUUCACUUCAGUGCAAAUUCAUAAGGCAUAAGGGAAUGACUGUAAUAAUUCCAUGGCACAUAGUGAGGGUUUCUGAAUGUUGUUCCAUGCUAUAACUUCAUAACGCUAUCAAAGACGGCUUCCUCAAUCUUGGAACUUGGACAUCAGCAAGAUUCACAGAUUUCAUUUAGUGUGGGCAAAAAAAAAGACAAAAUUGACGUUUGAUAAAAUCACAAGCGCUAUUUAUAUUGUAGAAAUACUCUUAGAUUAGUUGUGUUGCGUAAACAAUUGACCAGAUGCAUCACUAAAAGUGUUGAAUUCUCUAAGUUUCAUUACACAAAUCAUCAAAAUGUAGAAGAUGCAGGAAAAAGGAGCAGGGAACAAAUAUUCCUGAUUUCUACAGUCAAUAUUGAAUCACUGUUGAUCAAAAGUUGCUAGUUUUAAAAUUAUAUAAAAAAAAUUUUUUAAUUCCGCGUCUGUUUUAUAUGAGCUAAAAAAUGGGGGGAGGGGGUCCUCCUUCCUGCAUUCAUUUUGGGAAAAAACUGGCCUGAGAACCAAGUUAUUCAUAUUUUUUGCCUUUAAUUCUUUUAGCUCACAAGUGAGCUUUUCUGAUCAUGUUUUGUAUGGUGUCUGUCUGUCUAGCUGAGAAGCUGUCCGUCUGUCUUCUCAAGAACCACUUGGCCAAUUUCAACCAAACUUGCCACAAGUAUCCUUGGAUGAAUGAGAUUCAAGUUUUUUCAAAUGAAGGGCCAGCAACCUCUUUCAAGGGGAGAUAAUUAUGAAUUAGUGAAAAAAUAUUGUCAUAUUUUAAAAAUCUUCUUAAGAACCACUGGGCCAGGAAAGCUGAAACUUAUGUGGAAACAUCCUCAGGUAGUGUAGAUUCAAUUUUUUCUUUUAAAUCAUGAACCCCUGAGGGUAGGUUGGACCAGAAUGGACAAUAAAGAACUUUAUUCGGUAAUAACCAAUAUUUGCCCCCCAAAUCAAACUUUGGUGGAAAUAUAUUUAAUUAAGUUCUUAAACAGGGGUGUAUAUGCUGACUUCAAAGCACUGAAUAUUUUCAUGAGUAAUGACGCCAUAUGUACGCAAUGACGUCACAAACAUGACGUAAAUUUCAGUUUUUGAUGAAUUUUACAGAAAAAUGUACAUAUUUCGUCGAUAUUUUAAGUAAAAGUCACCGAGCGCAUGUGUGUUCAGGAUCAAUAUUUUGAUAUAAUGUGCAGAAUGAUAAUAUCAAUGAAAUAUGUCAAUAUUGUUCCUGAACAAACUUGCGCUCUAUAAAAUUUAAAGCUAAAAUUGUUGAAAUUUUGUCCAUUUUGUCCUUUUUCUGAAAAAGGAUAUAAAAUCGGACUAGUUUGUGACGUCAUAAAAACAAAAAUUGUGAAUACACUGCUUUGACACUAUAAUAUUUUCUGUUAAUUUAUAUUUCUCAUACAGUUUAUUGAAUUCAGCACAUUUCAGGAAGUUUUCAAAAUUUAACUUUUAUGGGGGCAAAUAUAUGCAAUAUACCGCAUGUAGUUCUUUUACAUAGGAAUACAUUGAAAAAUUCUUUAAAACUCUUCUUCUCAACAACAGCAAUGCCUUGAUUAAUCAUAUUUAAAUGGAAGCAUACGUCAGGUAGUGUUGUUUCAGGUUUGUUCAACUCAUGACCUAUGGGGAUAGGAUGGGGCAUCAAAUCUGAUUUUAAUAUAUAGGAAAAUAUCAUUAAGAAUCUUCUCUUAAAGAACAGUAAAGCAAUGAUUGGUCAAAUUAUAAUGGAAGCAUCCUCAUUUAGUGUAGAUUCAAAUUCGUUCAAAUCAUGACAACUGGGGGUAGGGUGGGAAACAAUGAAUGAUUAAAGUUCUACAUAGGAAUACAUUGAAAAUUCUUUAAAACUCUUCUUUGUUAUACCAGCAAAGCCAUCAUAGGCCAUCAUAUCUUUAUGGAAGCAUCCUCACAUAGUGUUCUUUCAAGUUUGUUCAAUUCAUGAACUUGGGGGGGGGGCAAAAAAGGCAGAUCAAAUUUUUACAUAGUAUUGUUAAGAAAAAUUCUUUAUCUUAAAAGAAGAUGAAAGCCAUGAUUAAUCAUAUUGAUAUAGAGGCAUCCUCAGGUAGUGUUAAAUCAAAUUUGUUCAAAGAAGGCCCCUGGGGUAGGGCUGGGCCACAAGGGGGAUCAAAGUUUUGCAAAUGAAUAAAUAGGAAAAAAUCCUGUGCUCAAGAACAGCAAGGCUAUUUCUUUUAUUGAUAGGAAAGAAUCAUAAGGUGGUUUAAAAUUCUAUCCCCCUCCCUAGCUGUAUGUAGAUUUUUCAUUUUUUUCUUUUUUCCUAGCCAAUGUGCUCAGGUGAGUGAUGUGGCCCAUUGGCCUCUUGUUUUUAUUACUGGGAUUAGAAUUUUUUUAAAUAUGGAGAAAAAAAUAUAUUAUUAAGGUCCAUGCUCACUCUAUUCACUACCAUCUAAUUUAUAAUUGUUCACAGUUUUGGGAUACCUUGUGAUGCAAAAUUUUACAAAAUUAAGUGUUAUUGUUAACUUGAUGAUUGUACAAAGAAAUUAAUGCAAUUUAUUCCAAUGAGAGUUACCUCUCAUAUCAAAGGGUCAGUGCACUGAAGUUAAAGCACAAUUGAUGAAGAAAAAAGAUCAAUACAUGUACGAAAGUGUCUUGAGAUAGCUUUAGUGUAAAUAAUCAUUCUGAAGAUCAUUCACUUGUAUUUCUUGACUCGCUUUUUGUAUGUUUGUUUAUAUUAAGGAGUGAAUGGUUAUAGUGCUGAAUCUGUGUGUCUGUGUCAACUUUGAUGAGCAAGUGUCAUAACAAAAAAAAAUGUAGCUUAACAGUUGUUUAAUUUAUACAAAGGCUUAAUCAUCAAUUAUGUUUGAAAACAAGUCAAUUACUUUGUACCAUUACAAGAAAAUAUUUAUGUAAUUUUACUAGUCAGUAAAGUUGUCAAAAUGAAAUGUUAAGCAUGUUUUUAAAAGUUGUUAUGUGAUCAGUGUAAAUUAAUGCCUUGUAUGUCUAUACAUACCAAUUGAGCUACAGUUUCAUCUCUGUUCUGUAUAAAUUUUCUUUCACUAUAGGUGUAGGACCUAUCAUAGGGAUAGUUUUUUUAAAUUCAUUUAUUUUGUUGUUAAAUGAAAAUCAUGCUGCAUCAUAAAGAGUUGUACUUUAAGGUAAAGUCUUGAAAAUAAUGGCAAAACUAGCCAGAGCAAAUUGAAAAGUCUUAAGUUUAAUAUUAAAAUCAUUUAUAAUCUCAUUUAAUAGAAAUUAUAGCAUGUUAUAAAUGAAAAAUGUAGAUGAAAAAGUUCAUAUAUUUGGAUUAUUAAUUAAGCUGUGCUAUGUUUUAUUUCAAAUGUUUACUUCUAAAUGGGAUGAAAUAUUUGCUUAUUUGAUUCAGGUUGAUUAAAGCUGAAGCUUGAUUUUGGAUGCUGUGUCUUUUUGUUGCAUUCCUUCAAAUAAAUAAAAUUCCAUGAAGAAGAAAUACA